AUGGACCAGUCUCUCAUCAACGUCAGCUGGAUAAGUAACGGCUCUGAAAUCGCCUCAUUAGGAAAAGCAGUAACACAAAUAAAGGAAAGCUUCAGCUGGGACACCAGUGAUUUCGUCAGUGGGGACUUUUCCCUGACCAUCCUCAGAGCUAGUCUCGACCUGCAGGGGUUGUAUGAAUGCACGGUCAGCUACAACUCCACAAUGCUGCACUCCAGUAACGUUACAUUUGGUAUCCUUGCUCCCCCCACUCUCAUAAUCCCUCAGCAGUGGGUGGUGUUAGAGACAGAGAGCCAUCUUACAUGCCAUGCAGAUGGUUUCUACCCUCCUCCUGUCUCUUUCUCCUGGACCAGAGAUGGGCAAGUGAUUCAACCUCCCUACCAGGUUGAAGGUGAAAAGACUCCAGAUGGUUACUACGUAGCUGUGGGCAACCUGACUUUCUACCCUUCCCGUGAGGACCAGAAUGUGACCUUUGGCUGCAAAGUGUCACACAAUGGCAGCUAUCAAGAGCUGGAUUUCCAACUCAACAUCACCUAUCUCCCUUCUGUUAGACUUUCUGCCCUGCCGUCACAUUCCAACAACAUUCCUCUUACUAUUUACUGUGACCUGGAGAGUUUCUACCCAGAGGAAGUGUCUGUUUCCUGGAUUCAAAAUGGGACAACCCUACAUGAGCCCCCCGCCACUGAGCAAAAUCCAGAUGGGACCUACAGAACGCGACGCUAUUAUACUUUGAGCCCCGAGCAGAGGGGGCAAGGUGGGAAGGUGGAGUGUGCAGUAAGCCAACCUGGGGUAGUGCACCCAGUCAGCGGCUCAGCAUACCUGGAGAAACUGGAUCCCCAAAAUGAGGCUCCAGUGUUGAAUAAAUCAGCCAAAGCAUCUGUGGCUAUGAUGUGUAUUUCUAUUGUGCUGGUCUUCCUGCUCUGCUUCGGCUUUUCUUGGAGGAGAAGGGAUGAGAAACAGAAGUCUCUCAGUGUGUCAGGAAUCAUCCUCCCUCCACGCGUGACUGUAGGUCAAAAGGGCAGGGUGACAGUGAGCAUUGAAGGCAGGAGGGUGGACCGAGUCCAGACUGUAUGGUUCCUCAAUGACACCCCUAUCUCUGACACCUCAUUGACAGCAUCAGAGAAAGGUCCUCUGCUGUCCUCCAAAGGCGAGAUGGGUUACUACAAGCUGCACACUCAGGGGCCGCUGCACUCAUCUGGAAGGGGAACCCAGCAGCUGAUCUCUGCGCUCACCUUCAUUCCCCAGAUUUCAAUCCACAAGGCGGCAGUAUUUAAGUGUCAGGUUUCCUACAUAGGCAAGGACAAAAUCGUGGUGGAGAGGGUGUCAGAGAAGUUUACUAUUCUGUCUGCUCCGGAAGUAUCAGAAAUCCAGCUGGCAGAGACACCAAAUGACUCGGAUGUCAUCAGCCUGACAGUACGGGCAUCACAUUUCCAUCCGGACAUCAUUACCUUCCGCUGGUUCUGUCAGGGGGGUGAGCUGAGCCCUGUGGCUUCCCAGGCCUCGUCCUCCCCUCGACCCAAUUCUGAGGGCUUCUUUUCAGCCUACAGCCAGUGUAAGUUGCCACGGAGUGAACUGGAAAAGGGAGGCACUAAAGUGUGGGUCAGUGUCCACCACGUCGCCCUGAAGCAGCCAGUCACCCGUGAAACCAGAGGCUUCAUCAAGAGGCCAUGUGUGUCCGAAAUCGUCAGCUCCACUUCUUCCCCAGAUCACACUUUGACCUUGGGAUGUGAAAUCACAAAUUUCUACCCUCCGAACGUAUCAGUCACUUGGCUUAAGCUCAGAGAGGGAGAGCAAGAUGACAGAGAGGAGGAGGUGAUCAAAGGAGGAGAGAUGUGGGGCCCCGUACAGAUGCAUCCCAGAAUCUACAGGGCCACAGCCACUCUGAAGAGAAGUGUAAUGAAUGAGGAGAGGAAGGAGAGAAGAGGAGGGAUUAUUUGUAGAGUGGAGCACUGUUCCCUACAGGAGCCUAUUGAGAGACACUGGAGAAAUGCUGACAUUGUUGCUCCCUCCAUUCCUCCAUCGAUCUCGGUCUGUUGGAGCAGUGAAGGGGUUGGUGUGUUUGCUCUCCUCUUGAAGGGAGGUCACCCUAAGGUCAAAUUGCUUUGGGCAGCGGGAGGACUCACUCUCUCACCUUUGGUGUCCAACGAAACAGAGGAGAUAGGAGAUGACGGUCAGAGGGAGUUGAAAAGUGUGUGCGCCCUGGAGAAGUCUGCAGGCCUGCCAAGUCAGAUGAACAAACAGCUGGACAGACAGAAGAAUGGACAUGCACUAGAGACAAAAGCUGCUGUUACAGACCCUGACACUGAAGGAAUAGAAUACAUCGAUGAAAAAGCGGAUGGAGAGAAUAGCAGCAUUGACAAGGACGAAGAAACAAAGUCAGAGGUGGACAGUGAGGACAAUGACAAAGAAAGAGAGGAAGACCCAGGCGCACUGCACAUCAACAGAGUAAACUUGAGGAAGGGUCCCAGAGAAAACGAGAGAGAACGUUUGAGAGUCUGCGUGGAGAUCACACACCCUGCACUCAAGCUUCCUGUCUAUCGAACCUGGACAGAGGAAAAAUUCAAUCGGAUGACCGGAGUCAACGAGGAGGAAGUUUGAAGAUGGACCCCGACAGCCCCUUUUCCAGGGUGGAGAGGACUUUCUGGACAGUUUGGUACUAUAUAACCGGAGCUGUGAACAGAUUAAUCAGGCCAGAGCCCACCAACACUGUCAGCAAUGACCCAAACCCCUUCCAGCAAUCUGGAGUUGACAGUGACCCUGCU